ACUGUAAUGGAGCCAAAUGGUUUAUCUAGGCCCCUUCCAAGUACAAAUAAGUGUACAACGAGGCCAUGCCCAUCAGGGGAAGGCGGGUUCUCUCCUCUCCCUCUCUUGCCUUCAACGUCACUAUCCCGUGCAUGCCGCCUUGGUGAAGUGAAAUCUUCUCCUCAUCAGUCAUCAUAUGUAUAUAUAUAUAUUUAUACAUAACCAACUGACUUAGCUUUGUCAAGUUGAAUCAGAGCAGAGGACUUUGGGUUUCUGGAGAAAAAGUGAGUGGUCAUGGAUCUUGGGUGGAUGGUGGAGUUCCUGCGGGGGAUGGUGAAGCCUGUGGCGGCGCUCGCGGUGGUGCUCAUGGCGGUGGUCCUCUCCUAUUUGCAGAAGCUGGGCUUGGAGAGCGAAAUGAUUUACUCCAUUUGCAGGGCGUUUCUUCAACUCUCCAUCAUUGGUUUCGUUCUCCAGUUCAUUUUCUCCCAGGGCAAUGCUCUCUGGAUCCUUCUGGCUUACCUUUUCAUGGUCUCUGUUGCUGGUUAUACAGCUGGUCAACGUGCUAAACACGUUCCCCGUGGGAAGUAUGUUGCUGGAGUUUCCAUCCUGGCUGGAACCUCAGUGACCAUGACGAUGCUCAUUAUGCUGCACGUUUUCCCUUUCACUCCACGAUACAUAAUUCCUGUCGCAGGAAUGAUGGUUGGGAAUGCAAUGACAGUAACUGGGGUUACGAUGAAAAGAGUAAGAGAUGAUAUCAAGAUACAAAUGAACCUGGUGGAGACAGCAUUGGCCCUUGGAGCAACUCCGCGGCAGGCCACCCUCCAGCAGGUGAAAAGGGCUCUGGUUAUCGCACUUUCCCCAGUCCUGGAUAAUGCCAAGACAGUAGGCCUCAUCUCUCUUCCUGGUGCAAUGACUGGCCUUAUAAUGGGAGGAGCUUCCCCUCUCGAGGCCAUCCAACUGCAGAUCGUAGUGAUGAAUAUGCUCAUCGGGGCAUCAACUGUUAGCAGCAUCAUGUCGACGUACCUUUGUUGGCCUGCCUUCUUCACCAAGGCCUACCAGUUAGAAACCAAAGUCUUCUGCUUGGAUUGAAGUUUUGAGUCGUUAAUUACUCCUUAUGUGAUCGAAACUAUCGCAUGAUGGCAUAGAGCACGGGCAAUAUAAAUCUUGAGGCCCGGCCGCCAUCUCAUGCAAACCAUAUGGAAUUGUAUAUUUUGCACUGAAUUACUCUGCUUUUGAAGUGAUGAAAUAUUCACCCUGAAUAUCUAGACUAAAGGAGCUGCUGGAAUUUCUCUGGGCUGGGAGUGAGUACUGCGAAAGAUGGUUGCUUGAUUGUACUUGCAGGCCAGGAGGUGACCCUAUGGUUGGCAUGUGAAGCGCUUGGAAGUUGUAUGUGUUCAAUUAGCAAAUAUGGUACUUUCUUGUCUUUCUCACAAUAUAUGCACGAGAGAAACCAUGUUAUGCUUGUCA